GAAGAAGAAGAAGCUAUCGAGCCGCCCUUCCUCCCCGCCAGCUUGCACCGCAGGGUCGGGCGGACAUUGACUCACAACAACCCGGAGUUAAUUUCUUCACCUGUUUGAACAUUGUCAGUGAUAAAAUGGAAAGUCCACACCGAACCGAGCAAGGUAAGCAAAAGAGAGUUAGAUUACGUGUCAUUCAUCGUGAGUUAUUGGGUUUUCUAUUGGAUUGUGUGCGCACGAUUUCGAAUAUGGCGUACCCCGCUCUGAGAUGGCGGUGGCUUUGUGCAACGUUACUGCUCCCGCGAGCUGGUAGUUACCGGUAAGGGUUUCAAGUCGGCUAAAAUAUGAAUCAAUAAGAUCAAUGACUUGUUUAAAACUGAUGUCCUCCACAACAUUAGGACUUUUAUUGCUGCAGCAGUGUUGUUAUCGUUAUCGUUAGUCAGCAACUCGUAAAAAGCACCGCAACGGCUGGCAGGUGGUGCAUUCAGGGACAUUGAACAAAAAUACAAGACAUCAAGCAAACCGGUGGCAGAUUGUUAUCGAUUUACGAUGCAACAUUUUAGUAAUAAUUUGAAAACCUCUGCAAUGUUUCCUUAACUUGAGUUAGAGCAGAAAGCAACGAUUAUCGAAGCCAUGUUUGAAACUUUUAUAGUCGCUGAAUCGUGGGUUCUGAUAUUUCCUACACUUUGGGUCGCCAAUGAAGGCAACUAAUGUUAGUAUUGAGAUUGGUGUACAGCAGGUUAACUGAACAGAGACCCUGAAGGUACAGAUAUAUGUCAGUGCUCCUGUGUUUAUCUGUGGGAUAUUUUAGUGUAAAAAGAGACAAUAAUUCAGUGUUUCUUAAAUGAAAUAAAGUACUACUGUGAAUAAACUUGUGAAGCACCUAAACUCAAUCAGAGUUAGACUUGAGUUACAGUCUAAGUUCUGACAGUAUUGAGAUUGGUGUACAGCAGGUUAACUGAACAGAGACCCUAAAGAUAUGGGUUUAUGUCAGUGCUCCUGUGUUAUCUGUGGAAUAUUUUAGUGUACAAAGAGACAAUAAUUGAGUGUUUCCUAAAUGGUGUUAAACUCUGGAACAGCCUGGAUAUCACUUUAAAAAUGUCUAAUAACAUAAAAGUAUUUAAAUAAAACUAUAGAGAAGUAUUAACAGAUUCAUAUAAGUAAAUUGACAAAAAAAUAUGGUUUUAUACUAGAUAUACUUGAUUGCAUAAAAGUAAUAUUGAUUCUGAAUAUUAUAACACUGAUCAUUAUUAUAAUAUGCAAGUAACUAUAAUAAGUAACCUAUUGGGUGUUGAUCAGGUAUUUUUGUGAAUAAAUGUAUCUGUUUAUACAGAUCUUUGUAGUUUAUACAAAUUGAUUUUUUUUUUCUUUUUUUUAAAUCUCUAUUUUUUAAGGAAGGGGCAGGACUAGAUAAGCUUUUUGCUUCAUUCUGUUCCUUCGCAAACUGUUUAUUUUGGACACACAUAUGUUGUGUUAAUUUAUCUUUGACAUGUACAGUUGUUUGGGGUACAUAUCUAUUAUUUUGUUUGGUGUUUUUGUUUCUAGUUGUUUUUUUGUUGUUCUUAAAGUUUGAGAUAAAUAAAGAAGAAAAGAAAGAAAUUACUGCUGUGAAUAAACUUGUGAAGCACCUAAACUCAAUGAGUCAGACUUGAGUUACAGUCUAAGUUUUGACAUUGUCAAACGUUUUCCAGAGUUGCCGCUCCUGCUGCCCUCUCUUCGCCUCUUCAUACCCCCCCUGCGCCUGGUGUCUGCAGCCAUGUGGCAGGUGGUCCAAAGGGGGAGCGUUCAAGACUACGGGAUGGUGGAGGAGUUCAUCACCACUGUAUCAGAAAUAGUACCUGAGCUCUUGAACGCAGACCAGAAAGCUCAACUCCUCCUGGGCCUCAGAGCACGGGUAAGGCUGCGCUUUUAUUCCCCGUGUCAAUGAGUACACACGGCAGAUUGGUUUAUCUUUCGCAGAUGUUAAGCUGUCAGAACCAAAUGUUUGAAACCUAUUGUUUUGUCGUCAAGCAGGAAAUGAGUGUAAUCAUACCCGCAUUAUCUAAAUACACACAGCAUCUAAACAUCAUAAAGCUAAAUCCCUGCCUGACAGAUGGUGAAUUUGCAGCUGAUGAAGAGGUUUAAUGUUCCUUUGAAGGGAAAUGUCAGCAGCACCUGGAAGGCAGUGUGCAGACUCAUUUUCAUUUCCCAGCACUGGUUCCUGUGAGGCUGCUGUUAAUGAACAACAUUUCCAGGUGCUGUCAUGUCAGUUCUCCUUACCCCGGGGGGGGGAUCUGUUUGUUUGCAGGUGGUUCUUGAAUUGUGUCAGGCCGAGGCGAUAACAGACACAGAAACCAUUGAUAUGCACCUGGAGCGGAUCAGGACCCUUAUUUCCACUUGGGCGGCACAGGUUAGUUCCUUCAGAUGGCAUAUGUUGGUCAGCAGUGGUGUAGUCAGGCUGUAAAUCAGAUUCCAUCUUAUUUGGAGUUUUAACUACAUGUUUGUAUAUUUUUCAAGCCUUGUUUUGCAGAAGUUGAGUUCCCUGAAUCAAACUUUGUGGAUCAAAUCGAGCUGCUAUUGAAAGACCCUGAGGAGAAGGAGAAGUUUUUCCAGGUUGGUGUCUCAUGAUGUUCAAAGGGUGACUUCAGUAAUGAAAGAGGCAUUUGUAACAACAACUGAGUAAGUCAUUGGAAUUUGCUCCUAGUGUGUAAAAUGACCUUUUCUGUGUUCCAGGACGUUUUUCCUACAGAUUUUGGGCCCGACUAUGACAGCGCUCUGCAGGUACUGAUGCUGGAUUUCCUCUCCAGGCUGGAGAAGCUUCUUCCAGUGCCGGACAUUCAGCAGGUACUAAAACCAGUGUGAGAAAUAAAACCAUGUUUUUUAUCAGUAAGGAGAAAUUCAUUUUACUUGUAAACAAAACAACAAAGCUGGCCUAUCAGAAGCGUAUUUGAGUUGCAUCUUUUAUUGGUCAAAACUCAAACUUUUUACUCAGUCACAUGGGUCAACUUAAAUAUCCAAGUAACGUUAGCCCUUGUACUUAGACAGACCACCUGACAACAAAAAUUGAUAUUUAUAUACUGGUUGCAAACAGCCCUGUGAGAAAUUCAUAGUAAAGUUCUUAAAAAGUUAAUAGAAUGAAAAAAUUCAUGGAGAAGUUCAGAAAUUACAUCCAAAAAGAAGAACUCAACACACCCUCAUUUAAACCAUUCCUUUUUUAAAAUAAAUAUCCUGCCUUUUAAAAGAACCGAAAUAGAGAAUCGAUAGGAAUCGAAAUCGGAAUCGUUCAAAAUCAAAUGAUAUCCAACCCUGGUCACAUCUUUGGCUCCUCAUUUGUUUCCUUGUAUUUUUUCUGCAGACUGCCUCCAUGCUCAGCGCUGUCCCAUCAGCACUGGAGGAGUGUGUGCACUCUGUUCCUGACCCACGUCACUUGAAAACUGUGCUCAUGCACCACACAACUCUGGGACAUUUUGAUUUAUGUGGUGAGUCACGUUUUCUAAAUCAGUUUUAGUUCAUCCAAGAGGUCAGAUAGUCAAGAAACUGAGUUUCUCCGAAUUCAGCUUUGACUUUUUGGGGAUCAAGGAACCUUUUCAGCCCGGUAUCUGAUUGAAUCUUUGAUAGUCUCAGUAAGCUAAUGGAACAAAUGUCAUAGAGAUAAGUUGCUCAGGGCUUUUUUUAGGGUUGGUCAGUAGCUCCAAAGUAAAGCAAAACAUUGCAGAUUACACAAUGGGUCCUCUAGUCUCAACUGAAAAGCACCUUUUAUGCUCAGACAAGGAAACGGAUCCUAAUUUUAGUCGCUGUGUGACUUGUUUCACAUUGUGUCCUGAAAUGAAGCUGCUCUGACGAAAUUCCCAGAAAACAGAUCUGAGUCACUGGAGAGUCAAACAGAGUGAUUAUGUGACUGAAUUGAUUUAAGACCCCAAUUCCAACAAAAAAUGUAAAAAUGUGGAUAAAAAUACUGCAAAGACAACAUAACAAAUGGUUAAAGUAAAUGAUUUAGGGGUUUUGUGACAAAUGUGCGCUCACUCAAAUAUGAUAUGUUUCAAAACAGUCAGCACGGGGCAUGUGUACCGUUGUGUUGCAUCACCUCUUCUUUCAACAUUUUGUAAACAUUUGAACACCAAGAAAAAGAGUUUAUGGAAGUUUAGAAAGUGAAAAGUCGUCCCAUUUCUGCCUGAUAAAGAAUUUCAGUGGGUGAAAAGUCGGAAAUAUUUGCUAAGAUACACAAAAAGUAAAAGACGCUGUUUGGGUGGCAGAAAAUGUUGUGGGCUCAGAUGCAGAGACGUUUUUGGCAUUUCUGGAUCAUAUUAAACUUUCAUUCUUGGAUGCGGUGAUGAACGGUUUUCAUUGACAUUGGUUUCUAGGAGUGAUUUUAAGCCCAUGCAGUGACUUCUACUACAGAGUUAUGUCUGUUUUAAGUGAUAUGAGGGCCUGUAGUUGAUGUCCAUCCAGAAUUGUUUUUUGGCUUCUUUCUUUUGCACAGAGAUAAAAGUCUUCCGAUCUUUAUUUCUCUGAAACUCAGCCUCUUUUGAGAGCUUUUUAAUUUCCACUCAUGUUGUUCACAGGUAUAUUGACUUGUUUAAUUCAGAUGCAUCAAAGUUAGUUGUUUUCUUUGCACUGUUUUCAAUCUUAUAUUUGAUUUAAAUAAGCUCCAAAUCAGCACUUUCCAUUUUUAUUGACAUUCUUAGAGGUAUCCUAACUUUUGUUUUAGGAGUUGGGUUGUGGUUAACUUGGUUCUCAUCCUCUCCACAGACGAAUCUCAGUCCAUUCCCUCCUCCUUCGGGAACUGCAUCCUCUCCUCGCUCUCCCUCCCUCAGCUGGAGAAAGUCGUCAUCCAUUCGGAUCAGCUCCAGCUGCAGCCUUCGUCAGACUGCGUGACUGUCCAGGUGGAGGGCGAGACUGUGACUCUGUUGGACUACAUUCAAAUCGAGCAGCCGCCAGGUCUGAUGGAGCCGGAUGACCAGGAAGGAAACGACAUCCUCCAAGUGGAAAACCCCGAAGAUGACGUCAGUGAGGCCCUGAAGCCGGCGGCUUUUCAACCGCUGAAACAAAGCAAACGGAUCCAGUCAAAGAGAAAAGCUUUGAUUGAAGAGACGGACUCGGUGAUGGACUCAGCGAUGGAAAAGAGGCAGAGAAAGAAAUAUCCGAACAACAAGACGUGUCCUGUGUGCGAUAAGAGCUUCCUGAGGGCUGCAGCCAUGAGGCGACACUUGGAAACUCAUUCAGCCAAUCGGGAUCUGAAGUAUAAGUGUGCCAACUGUGAUAAGAGAUUCAGGGAUCAUUACGACAUGAACCGACACAACAUGAGAGUCCACGAGAAGGAGGAGAGUGUAAGCGCCAAAGAGGAGGACUCCAUCGAUCCGAGCACUUCUGACGGGUUCGAAAACAAGAACUGUGGUCUGUGUGGGAAGUAUUUCGCCCGUCAAGUGGACAUGGAGCGCCACAUGAAGUCCCACUCAGAGGACCGCCCGUACAGCUGCUGCUUCUGUGAGAAGAAAUUUAAGAACCCCUACGUUCUGAAGAGGCACCAGAGGGAGAUUUGUAAGAGCAGAGAGCUCAAAAAACCGAAGAAGAAAGAGGCGCAGCGCUUGAACCCACAGCCUCCAUCAGAGGGAGCAGCUGAGGGGAAAAUCUGUCCAAUCUGCAGCAGGGUCCUACCGUGCACCGCUGACAUCGCAAAGCAUCUGCGAUCUCACACAGAGGAGCGUCCUUUUAUUUGCAUCACUUGUGAGAAAGGCUUCAAGUACAAGGACACGUUAAAGAAGCACCAGAUCAUUCACGGUCACGAGGGGAUACGAGAGGAACAGAGCAAGACUUUGGAGCAGAUCCUCGCUGAAGCUGAAACUCAGAAUUUAGGUGAUACAGAUGAGCUUGGUAAGAAGGAAAACAAUCCCGGUGCAGCUGCAGGAACUUCGAAGCAGACUUCAGAGGUGCACAAAGUCGGUAAAAAGCCCCUCAAAGUGUGUCCCGUCUGCGCCAGAGCGUUCGACAGCGUCAAAACUCUCAACAGGCACAUCCAGUGUCACACAGAGGAGCGGCCGUAUCACUGCGUCCACUGCAAGAAGCGUUUCAAACACAUGCACGGGCUGAAGAGACAUCAGAUCUACGCCAUCUGUCACAGGAAAAUCGCAAGAUUCACAUGGAAAAAGGAGCUGAGAGCCGGGCCGAGCCAAACGGAAGCGCCCGCCGACAUGCAGCAAACGUCGGCGUUGAAAAUCCCCGUGUGGUGCUCAAACUGCGGGAAACACUUUGAGUAUCUGUCUGCGUUAAAGGAGCAUCAGGAGAACAUCUGCAAAGUGGACUUGAGGGAAGUUAUGAAAUGUAACGACUGCAACAAAGAGUUCAAGAGCAUGACGAUGCUCAAAGUGCACCAGAGGAUCCACGAUCCGCUCUACUGUAAAGAGUGCGGGAAGAUCCUCGCCAAUGAGCCCGCCUUCGAGAGGCACAAGCUCAUGCACCGGCCGAUGCAGUGCACAAUGUGCGAGAAGUCUUUCACUCUGCUGAGACGCUUGAGGGAACAUUAUGAGAAGCUGCACAACUUUACAGGACCAUAUCCCUGUCCGCAAUGUGACAAAUCCUUCAUCUCUCUGUCCUACCUCGCCAUCCACCAAAGAAUCCACAAAGGAGAGUUUCCUUUCAUGUGUCAUCUGUGUCCUGAGAAGUUCAGGUCCUCCAACUGUCUCACGGUUCAUCUGAGGAAACACACCGGAGAGAAACCCUUCCUGUGCUGGCAGUGCGGGAAGAGUUACCGCUCUGCCUCGGAGCUCACCGUGCACAUGGGGACCCACUCCGAGGAGAAACCGUGGGCCUGCACGCAGUGUGACCAGGCGUACCGCACGAAACUGCAGCUCACCAACCAUGUGGAGCAAAUCCACAUCGGGGUCCGGUACCCCUGCAACAGCUGCGGGAAGCAGUUCAUGAAGGAGACAUCGCUGAAGAGGCACGAGCUCAUCCACUCGGGCGAGAGACCAUACCAGUGCACCGAGUGCGGGAAGACCUUCCUGACCGCCAACGAGCUCCGCCUCCAUAACCGCUACCACACCGGGGAGCGGCCGUACAAGUGCGAGGUGUGCGGGAAAGCCUUCAUCCAGUCGGGGUACUUGAAGUCGCACAUGCGCAUCCACACGGGAGAGAAACCAUUUAAAUGCGGCGUGUGCGACAAAGGCUUCAGGCUGUCGUAUCACAUGAAGAAACACCAGCGGACUCACAGCGGGAAGCCAAAGAGCUACAUGUGCGAGGAGUGCGGGCUGGCCUUCCUCCAUAAAAAGUCUCUGUGGGAACAUUCGCUCACACACGACGUGAAAAUGGAGGAAGCGUUCGAUCAAGAAGUCAGAAUAGAGUUUCAGUAGAAAUCUUUGUUUUUCAUUCAUUUAAGAUCUGAGCUGGAAUCAAAGUCACAGAAUCAUUUCUUUAUCAUGACUGCUCUUUAUUGUUUCACUGUGACCAUCUCAGAGUCUAAGGUCUUAAUUCAGGUAACCUGUAAAGCAGAUGGAUAAUCUAUGAAGCAUGUAAAUAAAAAAAAGCCAGAUGAACUUUCAACUUAAACGGCUUUUUGAAAUAAAUCUAUCUUAAAUAUAUA